GAGAAGGGGGAAACACAGACGGAUUUUAUGAAAAAUAAGAAAAAUAAAUUUGUUAUCUUGACUGAUUUAGUCAGAAUUUUAUCAAUCUUUCGAUGUUGUAAUACAUAAUGAAAUCCAACUAUCCUUCAUUUUUAUUUUUUUAAGCUAAAAAAAUAUCAAUUUUAAAGGAAUUUAUUUUUUUACGAAAGCAAAAAAGGAGGAGCUAUAUGACCUCAAACGAGGAAUCUCCCCUUAUAUUUCCUCUCCCCCACCCCCAUAAUCUUCUCUUAUUUAUUGGUGCGAACCCUCCGAACUCAAUAACAACUGUGACAGACCAUAGAAAGCUUCUCCCAGAAACAUGACUCCAGGAAGAAAAGGUUUGUUGGAUCGUCUGAAGUCAGGAGUAGUAAUUGGUGAUGGAGGAUUUGUGUUUUCCCUAGAAAAGAGGGGUUACGUGAAAGCCGGACCAUGGACACCAGAAGCAGCUGUAGAACAUCCAGAAGCUGUGAAGAGUCUCCACCGUGAGUUCUUGAGAGCGGGAUCUGAUGUGAUGCAGGCUUUUACUUUUUAUGCAAGUGACGACAAACUCAUCAACAGAGGUAAUGAAGCUGGAAAGAAAUUCACCGGUGCAGAAAUUAAUGAUGCUGCCUGCAAGUUAGCUAGAGAUGUUGCCAAUGAGGGUGAUGCCCUUGUAGGUGGCGGAAUUUCACAAACUCCCGCUUACCUCAGUGGCAAAGGUAAACAAAAUGUACAGGCUGAAUUCAGAAAGCAAGUCAAAGUGUUUGUUCAAAAUGAUGUGGAUUUCCUAAUUUGCGAAUACUUUGAGCACAUUGAAGAAAUGGAGUGGGCCAUUGAAGUGUGCAAAGAGAGCAGCCUUCCCGUAGCUGCCACAAUGUGUAUUGGUAAAGAAGGAGACAUGCAUGGUGUGGAUGCAGGCACAUGUGCUGUCAGAAUGGCCAAAGCUGGAGCGGACGUAGUAGGCUUAAACUGUCACUAUGGCCCCUAUGAAAUGCUGGAAGCCAUUGCAGUGAUGAAGAAAGCCUUGGAUGCAGCUGGGCUUAAGCCUUAUCUUAUGACUCAACCUCUUGCCUAUCACACUCCGGAUGCUGGAAGACAAGGGUUCAUAGAUUUACCUGAAUUUCCUUUUGCAUUGGAACCCAGGAUCUGUACUCGCUGGGACAUGCAAAGUUAUGCUAGGCAGGCAUAUGAACUUGGUGUCAGGUACAUUGGCGGCUGUUGUGGCGUCGAAUCAUACCAUAUAAGGGCAGUUUCGGAAGAACUCGCCAAGGAAAGGGGCAAAAGCCCUAAAUCAUCUGAAAAACACGAACCUUGGGGAGAAGGGCUCAAAAUGCAUACCAAACCCUGGGUCAGAGCAAGAGCCCGCAGAGAUUACUGGGAAAAUCUGAAGCCUGCAACAGGACGUCCAUAUUGCACUGCCUUCUCUUGCCCGGAUAACUGGGGUGUAACGGCCGGAUCUGAAGAUCUGAAACAAAAAGCAGAAUCCACCAGUGCAGAGGAACUGCAAAAAGUAUUCCAGAAGAGUAAAAAAUGAAGUCACAAUGCAUACUUUUUACUACACCUUUUUAUGUGCUUAUAAUAAGUAAAAUGAAUUUUUCGUAUUUUUGUAAUAAAAUUUUAACACUUACUUGAA